CCCUUAUUGAUAGUAAAUAGUUCUUUCAUGUCCUAGAUUGAAAAUUCUCAUUAUGUUAAAUUUAACCAAUUCCUAAUGAAAUGAAUAUAGUAUUUACUUGAUCAAGAUAUGCGUUGAAACGGGGUUGCCCAUGUCAAUGAGCAAAAAUGUUACAAAAGCCGGUUUGAGUCCGACCCGAGCCGUUUAUUUACGGGUACCCAGAUGGCUUGAUGGUAAAAAAAGAGAGUAGAUGUGUUAUUCAAAAUAAAGUCUGUUUGGUAACCUCUAUUUUCAGCUUAUCAAUCUCAUUAGCCAAUUUUGUACUAAAUACUCCCUAUGUAGUUUAUGAUUUUACGCACAAUAGUGACAAUACUGUGUUAUAAUGAAAAUAAGUAAGGCUGUCGUUACUUUUAUAGCUGAAUUAGCCGAAAUUAUAAUAGAAAACAAUUUUAAAUAAAAUUUAUUAAUUUUAUAAUUUUAAAUAUAAAUAAGUAAGGUUGUUUUAAUUUUAUUAAUAAAAUAUAUUUUAAAUAUUUUUUAUAAUUCAGAAUAUUCAGUCAAUGUUAUUAUAGAUUUAUAAAAUUCUACUCCACAAAUUAAAGUGUUUCAACCAAUUUGGAGGUUAGCUGGACACUAAUGUACUUGAAGUGUUAAUAGUUUGACAUGUACGGUGUCGAGGAAAGUAUAGCAAAGAACACCUAUGCCAGGAAUAUGAUAGGCCACCCUAUAAAAAGGCCUCCAAGAACAGCUACCAAUUACCCCACCCCAUACUAAUUGUUUUAUGAAAAAAAACUCUCCACGUCCUAUCAAUGGCAAAGGCGUAGAGUGGGCGAGGGUGAUGUGUGCAAAACGCUUCCCACUCGAGAUUUGAUGCACAUACGCAAUAUUUUAUAUCGUCCCUUAAAACUUUGUCAACUUUCAUUUUUUGGAUGUCCCACUAAUUGUCAUUUUCCCUUUUAAGUAAAAAAUUUGUGGUUCCCGUUAAUUCUCUCUCCUCUGCACAAAUCUCAACCACACAGAUUUCAUUUUAUUAAUCCUCGUGCCGGUCAAACUUAGCAAAGUUUUAAGGGACGGAGCUACUAUUUUACAUCUACACAAUUGUAAGAUAGGACAAAGCAAGCAUAAAAGAAUGCGAUCCCAUCCAAGGGAAUGAAUUAUUGAUGGCCCAACAUUGUGAAAACCUAGCUAGCUUUCAUAUGCUGCUAGUGCGGUGGGGACACACUAUAUAUCUUUUCUUCAACCAAAAAAGUUAGAAUCGUCCAUCUCGUUCAACGAUAGAAGUAGAAACAUUUUCUUAAGAUUAAGGGAUAAGAAAAUUGCUGCUACCUCCAUCCCAAAAUUUAAGAUAUACUCCCUCCGGCCCGCAAAAUAGUUCUCGAUUUCCUUUUUGGACUAUCCCAAAAAAUAAUUUUCAUUUCCCCUUUUGGAAAGUUUUGUGUGGCUCACAUUCAUUUACCUUUUUCUUACACAAUCACAAUCAUAAAUUUCCACUUUAUUCUUAUUUUUUUAAACUCUGAUUCAAGUCAAUGCGAGAACUAUUUUAUGGAAAGGAGGGAAUAUGUAGAUUUAGAAUGGGUUUUUAUGAAAAUAAAAGUUAGAAUGAUUGUUUUAUAACUUUAAUCUCCAAAACGGAAAAAGAGGAAUAGGACGAGUACUGAUUCCAAUGGAUGGCUUGUACUGAAACUCUUACGCGGAAGUAGAUUUAGAAUGGUUUUUUCUGCCAAAUCUACAUUAUGUAGAUUUAGAAUGGUUUUUUCUGCCAACUCCACGGAAGCCACUGAUUCCAAUGCGGCGGCUUGUACUGAAACUCUUGGACCUAAUGCUAGUGCCACGGCAGCAUCUGAAGCUGGGGGACAGAUUACCAAUGCCGCGGUUUCUAUUGAACCUGGGAGACUUGCUACCAAUGCCACGGAAUCAAAUGCAUCUUUCACUGAGGCUCUUUUGGGAAUGGGAGCUAUAUCUUCAAAAGCAGGGCCCUCACAGGAAAUAUCUCUUGGGGAGAAACCAGUAAACUAUGGGGAUGGCCCCGUCACUAAAACUACGGAUGAACACGAGGUGGAAUGCACUGAUGAGACCGAGGGGACUAUUUCCCUGGGGUCACAUGAUAGAGUUUUUUUCAGAAAUAAUGCUAAUAAAAAAAAUAUUUAUCAAAUUGAUGUUGAGUUAAAAAUAUUUACCAAAGUAAUACUGGUUUAAACUAGGGUUAACAGAGAUAAAUUUAAAAAAAAUCCGCUGGGCAUAAAGGCAUAAAUUAAGAGGAGGAUAAUAGCGGGACCCAUCAAAAUUUAAAAAAAAUCUGUUUUUUAAAAAGUGUUAUAACUUUUUUAUUUGUCCUUGGAUUGUUACAAAAAAUAUACCAAUAUUCAUAAUUUUUUAUUACCUUUCAUAUGACACCAAUAUUGCAUAUGUAAAAAUAAAAAAAUCAUUUAACACUUUUUAAAAAAUGUUUUUAAAAGUGUUGUAACUUUUAAAUUUGUACUUUGAUUGUUACAAAAAAUAUAUCAAAAUUAUUUAAAUUUUUAUGAUCUUUCAGAUAACACAAACAUUGCAUAUGUAAAAGUUAAAAAAUAAUUUAAAAUUGUACAAAAAAUUGUUUUUUAAAGUGUUGCAACUUUUUUAUUUGUACUCCGAUUGUUCCAAAAUAUGUAUCAAAACUAUUACCUUUCAUAUGACACCAAUAUUGCAUGAAUAAAAAUUAAAAACUAAUGUAAUAGUUUUUUUUAAAAAUCUAAUUUAACAGUGUUCAAAAAUUGUUUUUAUAAGUGUUGUAACUUUUUCAUCUCUACUCCGAUUGAUGCAAAGUAUAUAUCAAAUUGAUAAGAUUUUAUUAUCUUUCAUACAAAAUUAAUAUUGUGGAUGUAUAAAUGAAAAAAAUAUUUAGCUUUAAAUAUUUUAGCACUUUAAAAAGUAUCAUAUCAAUACAUGUACUUAUAAAAUUAAUAAGAUGACUCUUGACGACCUCGUAAUCCCGAUUUUCACGUAUAUCUGGUUAUCUUUUUAAGAUAGAUUAUGAGGUUAACGUGAAAUAUGACCAAAAUUGACUUAAACACAAGACAAAAAUAAUGACAUUUUUUAAUUUGCACAUAUACAAUAUUGGUGUCAUAUGAAAGAUAAUAAAAAUUUAAAUAAUUUUGAUAUAUUUUUUGUAAAAAUCGAAG